CGCAUUUGGAGUUCAUUUCGCGUUGUUAUUCGAAUUCGAAAUCGAAACCCGACGCCAGUUAUUACAUACAGAAAAUAAAAUUCAAAAAGAAAAAAACAGAAAGAAAAUAUACUUCCAUCUUUAGCUUCCUCUCUCUCUAACCCUAUCGAUACCAGAGAAGAAGUGGAAGAAGAAUAAGGGAAGUAAUCGAUGAGAGAGCAGCUGCUGGUGGUUUAAGUGUAAGCAGCUGUUGAAACGAAGACGGUUUUAAUGGAACUCAAGCUUGAACAGCAGCUCAAGGAGGUUGGAUCGAAGCUCGAGACCCCUCCUUCUACCAAAGACGCUCUUGUUAAGCUCCUAAAGCAAGCUGCUACAUGCCUUUCUGAGACAGAGCAAUCACCUUCAGCUACUGUAAUGGAGUCAAUGCAACCUUUCCUUGAUGCAAUUGUGAAGCCAGAAUUGCUGAAGCAUCAAGAUAAUGAUGUUAAGCUUCUGGUUGCAACCUGUAUUUGUGAGAUAACACGUAUUACUGCACCUGAAGCUCCUUACAAUGAUGAUGUUCUAAAGGAUAUAUUUCACUUGAUUGUAGGCACCUUUAGUGGGUUAAGGGAUACUACUGGUCCAUCAUUUGGAAGGAGAGUUGCUAUCUUGGAGACCCUUGCCAAAUAUAGGUCAUGCGUUGUGAUGUUGGAUCUGGAAUGUGAUGAUCUGGUGAAUAAACUGUUCAGUGCAUUCUUUACUGUUGCCAGUGAUGAUCAUCUAGAAAGUGUAUUAUCAGCUAUGCAGACAAUAAUGGUUGUUCUCAUAGAAGAAAUUGAGGAUGUUCGGGAGGAUCUCUUGCUUGUCAUAUUAGCUGUAUUAGGACGAAAUAGAUCUGAUGUUUCUUCAGCUGCAAGGAGACUUGCCAAGAAUGUAAUAGAGCAGUGUGCUGUAAAACUUGAAGCUGGAAUAAAGCAGUUCCUUGUAUCAUCAAUGUCAGGAGAUAACAGGUCGUCGAAUAGUCAAAUUGAUUAUCAUGAAGUCAUAUAUGAUGUUUACUGUUGUGCUCCUCAGAUCUUAUCAGGAAUUAUCCCUUACCUUACUGCGGAACUAUUGACUGAUCAGCUCGAAGUUCGUUUAAAAGCAGUGUUGUUAGUUGGAGAUCUGUUUGCUCUGCCAGGCUCUUCCAUCAGCGGAGCGUUUCAGCCAAUCUUUUCAGAGUUUUUGAAAAGGUUGACUGAUAGGGCAGUAGAAGUCCGAAUGUCUGCCCUAGAACGUGUCAAAAGCUGUCUUUUAUCAAAUCCUUUCCGAGCUGAGGCUUCUCAAAUAAUCUCUGCUCUCUGUGAUCGACUAUUGGACUAUGAUGAGAAUGUCCGCAAACAAGUAGUUGUUGUGAUUUGCGAUGCGGCAUGUCAUGCCGUGAAUUCUGUCCCUGUUGAAACUAUAAAACUAGUUGUGGAGCGUCUUCAAGACAAAUCUCUACUUGUUAAGAGAUAUACCAUGGAGAGAAUGGCCGAGAUUUUCAGGGUUUAUUGUGUGAAGUCUUCUGAUGGCUCAUUCAGUCCCGGUGAAUUUGAUUGGAUUCCUGGGAAGAUUUUGAGAUGUUUUUAUGAUAGGGAUUUCAGGUCAGAUAAAAUUGAAUCUGUUCUUUGUGGGACCAUGUUCCCAUCAGAGUUCUCAGUAAAAGAAAGAGCUAAAGCUUGGGUCAGAGUAUUCUCUGUAUGUGACAAAGUAGAGGUGAAAGCUCUUGAGAAAAUAUUGGAGCAGAAGCAACGGUUACAACAAGAGAUGCAGAGGUAUCUUUCCCUCAGGCAGAUGCAUCAGGAUGGUGAUGCUCCUGAAUUCCAAAAAAAAGUUCUGUUUUGCUUCCGUAUCAUGUCUCGCUCAUUUGCUGAGCCUUCUAUGGCUGAGGAGAGUUUUCAGAUACUCGAUCAAUUGAAAGAUGCCAAUAUCUGGAAGAUUUUAACAAAUCUCCUUGAUGCUAACACUGGUUUCCAUCAAGCUUGUACUGGUCGGGAGGAUUUGCUUAAAAUACUCGGUGACAAACACCGGCUUUAUGAUUUUCUGGGCAAUCUCUCUGUUAAGAGUUCUUUUCUACUUUUCAACAAAGAGCAUGUGAAAGAAAUUCUGUUGGACGCUUCCACACAUAAAUCUGCUGGAAAUACACAGUUUAUUCAAUCGUGCAUGGAUAUACUGGUGCUUCUUGCGCGCUUCAGUCCAAUGCUACUUGGUGGGGCUGAAGAAGAAUUAAUAAAUUUUCUGAAAGAUGAUAAUGAGAUAAUAAAAGAAGGUGCUUUGCACAUUUUGGCUAAGGCUGGGGGUACCAUCCGAGAACAGCUCGCAGUGUCAUCAAGUUCAAUUGACCUUAUGUUGGAGAGGCUCUGCUUAGAAGGUAGUCGAAGACAGGCCAAGUAUGCUGUGCAUGCCCUAGCAGCAAUAACGAAGGAUGAUGGGCUCAAGUCCCUUUCUGUCCUAUACAAGAGACUUGUGGACAUGCUGGAGGAGAAGAGACAUUUGCCUGCAGUGCUACAAUCUCUGGGAUGCAUAGCAGAGACUGCAAUGCCAGUUUUUGAAACCAGGGAGGGUGAAAUUGAAGAAUUCAUAAAAAACAAAAUUCUCAAACGUAGCAGUAAGGCAGAAGAUGAUACAAAAACAAGCUGGGAUGGCAUAAGUGAACCUUGUUUGUUGAAGAUAUAUGGGAUCAAGACACUGGUCAAGAGUUACUUGCCUGUUAAAGAUGCACAACUUCGUCCUGGCAUUGAUGGCCUUUUGGAGAUCCUGAGGAAUAUUCUUCUGUUUGGAGAAAUAUCAAAGGAUAUAGAAUCGAGUUCAGUUGAUAAGGCCCAUUUGAGACUUGCUUCUGCUAAGGCUGUUCUGCGGUUGUCAAAGCACUGGGAUCACAAGAUACCUGUUGAUAUCUUCCACCUGACUUUGAGGACACCGGAGAUCACUUUCCCCCAAGCGAGGAAACUGUUCCUAAGCAAAGUUCAUCAAUAUAUAAAGGACCGGCUUCUGGAUGUGAAGUAUGCCUGUGCCUUCUUAUUUGAUAUGACUGGGUUAAAGCCCCUUGAUUUGGAAGAGGAAAAGCAGAAUCUUGCUGAUAUUAUUCAAAUGCAUUACCAAGCAAAGGAACGACAACUCUCUGUACAAAGUGAUGGAAAUACCUCAGCUGCAUCUCCUGAGUACAUUCUGCCAUAUUUGGUCCAUGCCCUUGCUCAUCAUUCAUGUCCUGACACAGAUGAAUGCAAGGAUGUUAAAGCAUUUGAGACAAUAUAUCGGCAAUUGCACUUGAUUCUUUCUAUUUUGGUACGCAAAGAUGAAGACACAAAGUCAGAAUCUAGCACCAACAAAGAGAAGGAGAACAUAUCAGCAAUAGCUUAUAUCUUUGAAAGUAUCAAGCAUUCAGAGGAUGUAGUUGAUGCAGCAAAGUCAAAGAAUUCACAUGCUAUCUCUGAACUUGGCUUGUCAAUCACCAAGCGCUUAGCUCAGAAGGAGGAUGAUACACAAAGUUUCACUUCACCAGUUUCCCUGCCUCCAAUCCUUUACAAACCACGAGAGAGGAAAGAAGGGGAUGAUUCUCUGGCAACUGAGGGAAAAACAUGGUUGGCUGAUGAGAAUGUCUUGACUCAGCUUGAAUCACUUCAUCUAGAAAAUGAUGACAAAAUUAAUUCAGAUAUUGCUGAGGAUGUGGUUCUAAAAGACAGUGAAAGAGAAGCAAAUGAGGUUCCCCUUGGCAAAAUGAUAAAACGCUUAAAAUCUCCAAGCACCAAGGUUGGCAAGGUUAAAAAGAACAAGUCUUUAUUAGCUAAAGCAAAAAAUGCUGAAAGUGAUGUUGAUAUCCUGAAGAUGGUCAGGGAAAUAAAUUUGGAUAAUAUGGGACUAGCUAGUAAGUUUGAAUCAAGCAAUGGUCAUAAACAUAUUCCAAGUAGAAAAUCAAAGUCAGAAUCGGAGCAUAAAAAAUCUAAAAAAAUAAAGGCUAUUGAUGUUGCAUCUGUUCCAGUACCUAAAAGACGGAGAUCAUCAUCUUUUCAUAGUGCAAGACUGUCUUCAAGCAAUUUAUUUAUUCCGUUAAGUGCUUCGGGAGAUGAUUCAAGCCCUGAUUCAAAAGAGAAGAAGCCUACCCGAAAACUAACGGUUGAAAAUGCUGACCCUGAUUUGCUGGUAUCAUGCAUGCGGAAGAAUAUAAGCUUCACACUGAAACAUAAAGGCAAACGCUCUGAUCUGGGUCACAAUAGCGAAAAUGAAGUUGAAGAAGAUGAUAAUCUGAAGGAAACUGAUAUAGUCAAUACAAAUAAUAGUUUCAAGGCUUCAACUGGAAGCAUGAGGAAGAGAAAAAGAAGAAGUGUUGCGGGGUUGGCAAAGUGCACAACAAAGAAAAGUGGAGUUGAUAAUGAAGAAUUAAUUAAUUGUAAAAUAAAAGUUUGGUGGCCCAUGGAUAAGCAGUUUUAUGAAGGCAUCAUAAAAUCUUAUGACCCUAUAAAAGGGAAACAUGUGAUAUUAUAUGAUGAUGGGGAUGUAGAAGUACUUCGUUUAGAAAAAGAGCGGUGGGAGCUUGCUGACAACAGUUGCAAACCUUUCAAGAAGUCAAACUCGUUGAAGCUUCCCCAGUCAACUAAAGUAUCACCUGCACAGAAAAGUAGAAGUUUAGGUAAUGUACAUUGGAACACGAAAUCAGAAAAGAUCAUUAAAGGAAAAAGAACUCCUAAGAAAAACUCAAAGUGCGUAAAAGAGCCUGAGGAGAAAGAUGAUUCUGAUGUAUCAAAUCUUGAACCCAUUGAGGAGUCUAAAGGAGAAGAGGCAAAACAAGGCGAACCCACUGAGGAAUCUGCAGGAGAAGAGGCAAAACAAGGUGAUUCACUUGGGGAACAUGAUGAAAGGGGAACAAAGCACUUGACAGAUGCAGAUGAAUCUGAUAAAGAAGUUAAAUCAGUUUCCAGAGAAAAGCACUUGGAGGACUCACUGGACAACAAAAAUCAAUUAGAGGAAUCUGAUGGAGAAGCAAAAUCAAAUUUUGAAGGUAAAGAUUUUGCAGAUGCUGAGAGCAUACCAAAAGAUGAUGCAGAAGAGAACUCCCAUUCAGGAGAUGGGGAAGAUGAAUCGGGUGAAGGCAUGCAAGAAGAAGAAAAUAAAGACAAAUCAGACUCUGAAAGGACUCAAGAUGAAGACAUUGAUGGGACUAUACAGAGAAAUUCAAAGAAAGCACGUAUCAAAUCAACUCCUUCCAAUGCAGAAGAUGCUGAGAUAUCUGACAAUGAGCCUCUUAGCAAAUGGAAGCAUAAGGUACAAAAAUCAGCAUCAAGAAAAGCAAGAUAAGCAGUCAAGACUGAAAGCUUUGGUUCUUGAGUAGAUUUUUACGCAUUAUGUUUAGGUGGUUGCAGCUGGCAGAAGACGAAGAAGAUGAAAGCCAUUUAAUGUUGUAAACAGUAAGUAAUAAAUUUGGGAAAGUGGUUAGCCUGAUCACAUAUCAGUGUAAAGUAAGAGUAGGCAUUUCCAUAUGGUUAAGUAGGAAUAUUAAUCUGAAUGUCUUUGUAAUUGCAUUGGAUUAGUGGUAGAACUUGGAAGAAUGGUUAAUGGGGGUGUAGCGUAGUCCAUCUUUUCUAACCAUCUGGAUUGAUACAAGAUUAGAUAGAUAGGUCAUUCUGUACAGUUUAUAGUUGGGGUAACUGUUGUUUGUUGCAUAUUCUUGUUUGACUUUUGACAUCCAUUUAAAUUAUAUAGUUGACUUCCUAGUUUGUUCUUCUUC